AUGUCCUCUUUAUCAUUCCUGGGACCAAGUCUGUUGGUUUUUGUGAUUAUAUUUCUAUGGAACUCAAGCGGUUAUGCACUUCCUCAUGAAGGAAAUUUUAAAGUUACAGGGCAAGAGAAACAGCUUGACCCAGUCCCAGAUCCUGCUGGCGAAUUUUGUCAAAGAAACAAGAACCCUGCGGGGCUGGGGUUUAUUGGUGUGAAGUACGAUCUACUGAGGGGGAACCCUGAGGGUAACAAUGCUCUUGGGGGUGUUGAUCCGGGAUUUGAUAAAACCAAGAAAAUCUUAAAGCUGACCACAGAAGAGGGAGAUGCAGUCCCAAUCCAGAUCUGCUACGAAGAAAGACAGUCUUGUGCAACGACCAAAUCGUCAAAGAUCUUUGGUGGAACCAAACGUUAUCAGGAGAAACUAAGCGUUGAUGUUAGCGCUGAAGGUAUGUUGUUGGCUUUUAUAAAUGCUGUAGGCUUUUGUACAUUUUGUUCCCCACUGAAAUUAUCCACCUUAAUGAUCCAUUUUUUCCACUAAGACUUAAAAAUCUUCCGAUAAUGCUCAAUAUACAAAGGCUUUUUAAUCAAUUUUAACGUAUAAGUAGUCAACGUAUACAUACAAUUUAAUGGUUUUAACUGACAGAAAGCGAAAAAUAAAGCGCACUAAAAUGCUCGAAUAUUGCUUAUUAAUAAUGCUUUUGCUUCACAAUGAUACUUGAAAAAAAUGCCUCUGAAAAACCAAGGAAAGGGGGGAUAGUAUUCUAAAAAAAAAACCCGCAACAGCAACAAAGCACUUGUCGUUUUCUUCUGAGUGCAGUUAGGGUCACGCUUAGGGUUGAUGAGAUGGAAGCUAUAUUACAUGGUUUUUCGGUAGGGGGGGGGGGGGGGGAGGCCAAAAAAGGGAAAUGCUGUGGGGGAUUUUUUUUUUCUCUAAAGAGCACUUUUCCGUGUCCCCCGGGCCUUGUGUUUAAAAAAGGGGUAAUGGGCCCGUCUUUGGUACAGGAUGGAAAGGGGGGGUGGUGGGGAAUAGAAGGAAGGAGGUGGGGGAGGGAAGAAAAAAAAAAAAAAAACCCAGAACCAACAACAGUUGUUUUUGGUUUGUUGGUGGGGGGGUGGGGGGGUGUGGUUGGGGGGUGGGGGAUGAUGAGUUGUGGUUUUGGUUUGGGGGGGGGGGGGGGGGGGGGGGGAGAGUCCUAAAACGAGUAAUCGCUGUCGGAUUUGUUUAUUCCAUCAAUAGGCCAUUUCCGAGUUCCCCCGGGCCUCUGUAUCAAAACGAGGUUAAGUGCCCAGCCUUUGAUGUGGAAAUGAUUUUUCAUUCUCAUGCAAAUAAAACUCAUUUCCACAAGAAAGAAUGUGCACUUGGUCUCAUUUUGAAAGUGAGGGUUUUUGGAACUCGGAAGUGGCUUAUUAUAUGACUUAUAUAUUGCUUGCUUUGAUGGUGUUUACGGUCGUUAUUGCAAGAAGGUCAAAAUAAUCACUUUCACCUAUAAUUUGCCAAUGUUGUCCUCAAGAUUUAAAGUUCUUCAUUGUACAUUGCCUUUUGAAGAAAAUUACGACAAACAUACCGUCGCAGGGAACACAGUUUGACAUUGCUCUUGAAAAUCAUGAAUUGAGACGCAGCCUACAGAACUGAUUAGUCAGUUAUCUGCUAGUAGAUAACUAACUAAUCUGUAGGUUGCGCUGAUUUGCAAAAUUAACUGUAGGUUCCUAGCAGAGUUUCUUGUCUUAGCCAAUGAGAAGUAAAGUGUAUGAUAACAUCAGUUUUUCACCCCUAAGAAACCAUUUAACGUUGCUUUUCCUCAACAAAAACGAAGGCAAAGAUGGCGGGUAUCGUGAAUGCUCUCUUUUGUUAAUUCUUUUUUGUGUGUGUUAUUAUUAAUUUUAGCUUUUUAUUUGUCAUUUUUAAAACAGCUGGAUACUCCGGAUUGUUUGACUUUUCCUUCAGCUUAAGUUCAAGUGAGUUCCUUUUGUUGAAACUUUAUCGUACUCUAAGUAAUAAUAGUUAAAAUCGGUUUUAUUGGCCAAAAACAUAAAAUGAAAGUAAAGUAACGAUAUCAAACAGCAAGUGAAAGUAGUUUUCUAUCUAAUGGACCAACUGUUUACAAUCUCGAUGGCUCAAUACACAUUUUAUCACCAAAGUUUCUUUUAAGAGCUUUGAAAGGCGACAGCCGUACUGAAAGUUGUUUCUAACUGAUUUUCCUUGCAGAGUAUGAGCAGAUGAAAAAAAGCACUCAAAGUGGAGAAACGGUCUAUCGUGACUGCACAGAAAUUUGCAAUAAAGGUGAAGCAAGAUACCGACUCAAAUUAGUAGAAAACUACCAGUGGACACUGACCGAAGAGUUUGCUGCUGAUGUUUGUGGAUUAACAGUAAAAUUCAGGAACCGUAAAGACAAAAAGACAUACUUCGAUUUCUUGAAUUAUUGGGGAACAGUAAGUUGAAAGCAUGGUGAUAGACCUCUUUACCUGGUAUGUUUUGUUUUCCUAAUGACCCGUGGAACCUUUGUCUUUUCAUAAAUUACGAGUACAUAUGCACGGGAAUAAGACGAAAUAUGAAAGGAACAGUUCUUUAGAGUAUUAUAACAUAACCUGCGUUAGGAAAACAAAACAUGCAAGCAUGGCCUUCAGGGAACACGAGUUUUGACUAAAUAAAGGUUAAAUCUUUUUUUAAUAAAGUUGAAUUACUUACAUUGAAGUAGUCUUUUGUCGUUUCUGGUCAAUUCUGGCCAUAUUUUGUUGUAAAAGCCUGGAAAUACGCUUUGUUUUGAUUCAGAGGUAGAUCAGCAUUCAUUAAAACUUGGUAACCGAACAUUCUUUUCGAAUCCUGGGGCGCGGACGCUAAGCGCGUGGAGCAUUCUUACUAGUAAAAAGUGACCCAGGGGUUUUUAGUAGAAUACUCCACGCGUUUAUCGCCCGCGCACCAGGAUUCGAAGAAAACGCUCGGUUACCAAGUUUAAAUGAACGCAGAUCGACUUCUGAAUCAAAACAAAGCGGGUUUGUAGGCUUUCUACAAUAAAUAUACGGCCAGAAUUGACCAGAAAGGACAAAAGACUACUUUAAUGUGAAUAAUUCAACUUUAUUAAAAACCGAUUUAACCUUUAUUGAGUUGAAACCCAUGUUUUCUUAGCCCAUGAUUUAAAAAAUUCAUGAGACAAAAACAAAACGCUAUGAUAUCAUCGCCGUCAAUUUUUUUUGUUACCGCAAAGUUAUGAGAUCCCUCCUCAAAAGUGGUCAAUUCGACGCGCCCUAUACUACUCCAGGGUCUAUUGUUCACUAAACAAAAAACCUCUGCGUUGGAGGUAUCAUUUCGCGGUGGUCGAAUAUAUAAAAUUGUCUGGGAAAAGAUUUGACGACGGCUCUCCUAUCUUGUUUAUCUGUCUUACCUAGCAUGUUGUAGUUAAAGUCGUACUGGGGACGAAGAAAAUCACGAGAUUCAGAAGUUCACUUCAAGAGUUCAUAUCUUACGCUUCAGAAAAUGUAAGUUUGCACAUUAGUGCACAACGCACCUUAUAAGCUUAUUCCCCUAUUGCUGGAUUGUGGAUAGGGUAGAAUUUUUUAAUCAUUCGAUUUCAUCUUUCUUUGUUUUUUCCUUUAUGGAAAAAAAAACUAGAGCAAUCACUCACGCUAAGCAAGUGUUACAGUUUUUCUACUAAGUUGUAAACAGUCUAUGAACGGCUAGUAAAACUAGGUUUAACUAAUACAGUCAAAUCCUGUUUUAGGGGCACCCGCUUAAUAAGGACAGUUUACAUUGUCCCUGGGGAAAAAAGCCUUUACAUUUUCUCUAAAUUGGUCCCUCUUAAUAUGGGCACUUUCUAUGGCCCCCUCUUGGUCCGUAUUAACGAGGUUUGAUUGUACGAGUAAACUCUGAGAACAUACAAAGUGUUCACAACUAAUAGAUCAUAACUGCCUUGCAAGAAUUCGCUAAAAACCGUUUCUCUCAAAAGUCGAUUUGCCAGACGACGUGUCGCCCGGACUUAUUUGUCUCGCCCGAUGACUUUCAACACUCUCCAGCUCGACGUGCAGUCACUGUCUUUACGCUUAUUUCUUUUUUCAGGCCUAAAGAACGACAAAUUCAUUUUGGGCGAAUCGACUUAAGUCCAGGUGAACUGUCCGCGGGCGAAAAGGACCGAAUGCCCCUUGAGAAAGGGUCUAUUACAUUCCUUCUACGUUUCUCGUGCAUAGAAACAAUUGCCAAGCUUAAGUUUUUGUUUAAGCAGAAAAGUUAAACAAGUUUUUAUAUGAUCUUCUUUCACAUGGCAUGUUAGCUUGACCCUUAAAAGUGAUUUGUCCGUACACAAUUUUCACACCAGUUGACAGUUAUCACUUUUGCCGAAUGUGCAUGGAUAAACCGUUCAGUUACCCAGUGCUCCAUGCUUAAAAAAACGUUGUAGGGUGCAUUUUUUAGAUUUCCUUCCAAGGUGUGUUUCACAAUCGGCUAUCCUUUUGUUAAGCUAUAAUAACCGUUUAUUAAUCUAUGUUUGUCAAUCUUUCUGUGUCAAUCUAUCUGUUUGGCAACCCGCAACCUAUCCUUUUGUUGUGCUCUUUUCCUGCCUCGAUCGUAUUAUUAGAUUGCCAUACAAUCCAAGUUGAAAUGUUUUUUAUGGUCUAUAAAAAAUUUCAGGCUACCAACAGUUUUUCCGUGUCCGGAGGUUAUGCAGGUCUUAAGGCAUCGGCCAGCGUUGACGUCAAUAAAUUUGAGGAAUCAGAGGAGAGUAAAAAAGAUUUUGGAGAAGAACAACUUACUUAUAAUAUCGGUGGAGACAGUCUUCCUGAACCGAUUCAGGUGACCUUAAUGGGAAUCGAAGAGACGCUGACGCCGACGUUUUGGAGCAAUUUAGAAGAGCUGAAGAAAAAGAGAUCAUGCAAAAAGAUGACGCUUACAAAACUUGGAAAGUUUUUAAGGAACAUGAGACAAGCGAUCAAGCAAUACCCGAAAGAAAUGCACGUUAAGCGAGCUAAAGGUGUUUAUACUAUCCAUAUACACCUUGAUGUUAUGAAUAUAGCAAACAUCUUUAGUGCUGUACUAGGCUUAUCAGUCAGAGGGUAUUCAGUUUACAAAUACCAGUUUUUUUUUCAUCAACAGAGUCUAGAUUUUGUUGAAUCAAGUAAGAUCAGGGUCUGGAAUUUGCAUGGCUUCAAUUUAUUUGAAUUUAAAAGUAGUUUUUAUUCUUGUGGAAUUAGUUACCUUUAAAACUCUUUACUUAAAAAAACUUGAUGUAAUAGUUAGUGUAUUAUUGUAAACACUUAUAUCAAUUGCUUGCGCGUGGCUUAAGCGCUGACUAGUCAACAUUCGAAGUUAACUAUACAUCGUUACCCUCUAGCCUAAAAAGAGGGGUGGCGAAUGGAACCUCAAAAAACGUGGGUCUCGGAAAAUUUUGGCAUGAUCUCGAAAUCUCGGAAGCGUUUUUGAUAAGUCUCGAAGUCUCGUUUUUUCAUGGUUUGUUUUUACUUUUUUUGAGUCUCGAAACUUUUCACCAAAGAGUCUCGGGCUCGGAUUUCUAACUAGGAUCUCGGCGUCUCGGCGGGUCUCGGAUUUUACCAUUGGCCACCCCUAAAAAGCGAUGCUGUUCAAGACUCUUAAAGCAUUACUUAUUAAUAGUUGAGCGACUUACAAGUACCGGCAAUGAUAAAGACAGUGCAGUAAUUUGCGUAGAUGCCGAGCUUACGCGCGAUGUGAUGCGGAAAGAUUUAGCAUUUCUCUCGUCCAACGGUAUACUGGCAACAGAAACUCUUCGUUAUCCCCGGCGGCCAUGUUGUGUUUUUUUUAGCAGGCAGCAAAUGGGGUUCUUGGAGGGCGUUGCGCACGGAAAAUUGACGGAUGGUAUGUCACACAUGCACAAACAAGUCGAGCAAAAUGCUCCCGCUACUAAUAGCCUGUUCCAGGCUCCGAGAUAGUCGGGUCCGCUGAAUUGAGAAAGCACAAACACAAAAAUAAAAAGGGAGGAAAGUGGGGAGAGAAGGGGCCCGCCCCGCUACCUUUUCCCGUCCCUUUUUUUGUCGCGUCUUCCCCACUAUCUGAGAGCCUGGAACAGGCUAAGAUACUAAUAACUAAAUAGUAGUUGCGAAUCGUUCCGUGGAAUAUGACAGCUCGAAGGUCCUUUUGAAUUUACUAGAGCAUUAAAAGAAACAACCAAGCAAUUUAGUGUCAUUGGGGGUUAUAUAUAUUUUUUACCUGCCCUAGGAACCAAUUUUGAGGACUUCACACAGUCAAUUCAAAGGUAAUUGUUAAUCAGUCUAUUUUCUCUGCAGAUAAUCCCAUGGAACUUCAGCUUUCCUGGCCAUCUGGAUAUUACUCGCUGUUUGCUGCUACCGAUCACACCUCCUUAACAAAGGUGUGCCCUCAGGGAACUGGAUUCCAGUGGCGGCCUGGUAGUAUAACAGACCAAAAUCAUAUUAUAUUUACAUCAUUACCAACCUUAAUGGCGUCGUUUAAGAUUAACAUUAAACAGAUUGGAAAGACUGGAGAUUGGGAAAAUUUUGGCGGUGUGAAGUACGAAUUCUGCACAAAGACACAAGACCCUGGCAGCCAAUACUUCAGUCAAGACUGGCCUAAAGGAAGAUACUGUAUCUUACGAAAGAGUAGGAACACUAGAGAACCAAAAUGUCCAAGAAGUAAGUUAGAUCUUUUGUAUUAUUGUUGAUGAGCCGAUAUAAUUCCUUUGACUUGGGGUCAUGAAAACCUUGCUUUUUUAAGCUUAAUUAUAGUUUACAGUGCCUUUCGGUUCUUUGUUCUUGCACGUUUCGGUAUGCUACCUUCUUACAUCGUACCCAGAUAUCACAUUGUCCACCCUGGGUACCAGAGGUUUUUUCUCGCGUGCGACGGGGAACUUCGUUUCGUCGGCCGCAGGCCGACACGUGUUCGGCCGAAGGCUGAAGACACGAGCGGCGAAGCGCGGGUCACUUUUUAGCACCCAGGGUACACUUUGUCUUACAGUACGCUGAAAAAUGAGAUCGCCCGAUUGUGUGUCAAACCACACCGCCUCCCCUAAUAUUUCGCUUUUGUUUUUUAAUCAUCAGAUUUCGAAGCUGCUUCUGUGAUGUGGAUUGAUGAAUUGGAUUACGGAGCAUUUGAAGACUCUCUGAGACCUCCGCUGAAAAAAGGAACAUACCCUGAUGGCUCAUUCGAAAGUAAAAAACACUUUAAAAUAGAAUUCUGUUGCAGGCAGGAUGGCUUUGUCGACAACGGAAUCCAUUUACCUCUCGGUAAGGUUACUUUUACUUCGUUUAGAUCUGGUGUAAAGGAGGUUUAAUAUCGUGGAUAAAACACUGGUAUCAAAGUGGGCCUGGUGGGGAUGAAAAAUACUGUAACACAAGAGCAAGAGAAAAUGAAAAGAUCGAGUUGAUAAUUGCAGGCGGACUGGUCAUUAUUACAUCUAUUUCAUUGUAUUUUGAAAUCACUGGUGAUCCUUGCAAUAUGAUUGGCUCUUAGCAGGGUGAUUUACUUUCCAUUUCGGUUUUGAGCGAAAUUUGUUAGAAGUUUCACCUUUUUAAAAGGAAUAAUUUUUUGUAAACGAAAACGGAAAGAGAACUCAUCACAUUUUGUAAGAGAAGGUUGUUCAAAUUACCGAACAAUCUUCUACAACCCAACACAAUUCAAAAAUUCCAUUUCGAUUGGCUAACAAACUCGCUAUCUACCAUUUACAGCAUGGCCAGAAAAGGGCGGGAUAUCACAAAAACCAAAUCCCGUAAAUCCUAUAACAUAUAGAUUUAGCCAGGGCUUAAAGCGAAGCCUCGGUUUAUAUACUUAUGAUAAAAGCAAUCAAAUUUGAACUAAUAACAUGAACUCUGAGCCAGAAAAAGAGAAAUCUCCAAAUUCCUUCUUUAUUUUAGGAGCCUUCAGCAUCAGUUUACCUCUAGAGGGAGGGGUUAAAUGAUUAAGAAAGAAUAUCCCUCAAACACACCUGAAAUGAAAAAACUCUCCCAGCCAGCUAAAAGACUUAUAUUUACAGAAUAAAAAUCACUAUGCAUCAAGUCUGUAACAGAUAGAAUUCUUCCAAACUACGUAUACAUUAUCGAACCACCCCCCACCCAGCCUCGUACCCAGGCCAGUUCGCGCUAUCCGAGUUACCCGACAAGCUUGAUAGGUGACGUCACAUCCAAAAUCGCCGAGAACGACUGGGAACGAGGCUGUCCCCCACCACAUCCCUUUGCGAAGUUAUAGGUCUUUCCAGUAGCAGCAAUUUGUAGGUUACGAUAUCUAAUGGGAAGUUUUUACCGUUUCGAUACUAAUAAGUAUAAUUCUUUAACCUACACAAACUGCACAGUACGUGCUCAGGUGUUAUGCAGUGCAUACACUACAAAUUAUAAACAAUUAUUGAAUGAGGUUUUUGUGAUAUCCGAAAUAAUCAAGGUGGAGGUAAGUGUUAUCAGCCGAAGCCGAAGGCUAAGGCUGAUAACACUAACCGAGACCUUGAUUAUUCCGGAUAUCACAAAAACCGAAUCUAAUAAUUGUUUUAUUAUACAAGCCAUUCUUAUUUUUUUAUUAUAGAAGCCAUUCUUACUUCGCUGUCCGCGAACUUGACAUUGCUGUCCGUGCACUUGAUAUUGCUCUUGGAAAUAAUGCAUUGCGCGCGCAACCUACAGAUUAUUCACUAAUCUGUAGGUACAGAUUAGUGAAUAAUCUGUAGGUUGCGCUGUUUCCCAGAAUUAACCGCAGGCUUUAGCCAAUGAGAAGACAGAUGGUGACUACAAUGUAUAAUAAUAAACGUUACAACUACUACACAGUCGACUCUCGAUAACUCGAACCUUCAAGGGAAAUCGUUAAAAGUUCGAGUUAUCGGGAGUUCGAGUUUUCGGGAGCUCAAAGCAAUAGCCGGAAGUAAGGGAAAAACCAGUUUUUACUGUACAGUGAACAUUUUUAUCAUAUUUAAUUGUACAAAUGUUAAGCGAAAAAUGAAAGAUACUUCUAGAUUAUAAAUCAGAAUGUAACGUAAACAACAUAGCUUAAAUAGAGCAUUCGUUUUACCGUUUUGAGUAGUAAAGCUGUUUCACGUUAGAUUUGGGACAAACAACAUCAGCCUUCACUAGUAAACUAUAUGCCUACAACACGUUAAUGGGAAAUUCAAAAUCAACUUUUCGGACGACAGUACUCUGUUCUUUUUUCCCGACCUUUUAAGCCCUCAAAACAUGUUUCGAGUUAUCGAGAGUAAAAUGAUAUGGAAAUGAUCUGAGGGGAAACAAAAAUUACUUCGAGUUAGCGGGAGGUUCGAGUUAUUGGGAGUCAACUGUACUUAAACUUUAAAAAAAAAGACAAACUCGAGCUCGAAAAACCGACGAGUCUGUUAUUAGAAGAAAGGAGAACUCUUUCGUAUUUAGAAAGCUAAAGUUUACUUUUUUCAGCGAGAAUAGAAAGUGUAAACAAACGCAUAAACUUCAUUACCAACCUGAAAUUUCUUCAACAACGUCGGUGCCUUGGUUAGUCCAAAAUAAGCCAAGCACUCAGCCGUAAAGAAAACAAGGUGGAAUUCCUAGAAUGACAAUUUCGUACCGAAAAGCUUUCGUUUGUCCACAAAAAGGAAACUGAGUAUUUUUUUGAACUGUCUCUUUCCAUUUUUGUCUUUCGUCGGUGUAUUUUCAACCAUUGAAUGCAAAACUUUGAAAACUCUUUGGUAAGCGCACGCCAGCCAUUUUGUUGAAAAUGUAUGUCCUCCACUAAGGAGUCAAAUCCGUUUCAUCCCCUAUCCCCUAAAAACUACCAAACAUAUGCUCAGUAGACAGAUUCUGAUUGGCCAACAAUUUCUUAAGCCUUUUGGAACGGUAGGAACAAAACUCUCUAGCGGAGGAAUUCGUAUCUACUUAGAUCUACCCUGAAACAACGUACGGUAACGUCAAGACCAAAUUUUCUUGCAUCGAUAGGUUCCCGUAUCUCCUUAGCAUUGGGGAUCCGCCGCACGCUUCGCGAGCGGAGGUUCCGCUAUUAUACACUGUUUUGAACAAAAUAACGACAAACACACCGCGACGCGCGCAACACCAGGGGAAGGAGAAAAAUGUACAACUGACAUUGCCCUUGGAAACCAUGCAUUGCGGGCGCAACCUUCAGAUUAGUCCUGGGCCCAGUUGUUCGAAGGCCGAUUAGCGCUUAACCCGGGGUUAAAUUUACGUCGGGUUUCUUUUUCUUAUGUUCAAAAGCGUUUUCUCGGAUAAUUUUCUGUGCCAUUUUUAGAGCUUCCAAUAAUCAACUUCUAGACAAAAAGAAUAAAAACUGAAAUGAUUUCUAAGCUUUCAAAUCUGAAUUCAAAUCUCGCACUAACCCCGGGUUAUCUUAACCUAGCUUAGAACAACUCGGCCCUGAAGUCUAUGCUGAUUUCUAAAAUUAGCCAACGAGAAGACAGAUAGUGAGUACAAGAUAUUCAGUUUUGUUUAAUUCCUCAUCGACGCAGCAGUACAGUUUAAUUCACUCAGUUUCAUUCCUGUUUAAAUUUAAAACCGUUUCAUCGCAAUUUCUCUGGUAAAAUAUGCAAGAGCACCUUUGUUGAGCAUUAUUUCUGUUUAACAAAACUUAACUUUACUUAACAUGUAAUAACCCAAGUCUUGUUUUGUCAAUUAUUUUUGCAUUGUUUCAAAAUCAUAGACAACCCGUUUAUAUUGAUGAAAGUUCAAGGAUUCCCAUGCCAAAAGGUUUGUGGUGCACGUAAAGGAGAAUGGUCGAUCAAAACCGGAGCGUUAGAUGACCCAUUCGCUAAGGAAUCAGUUAUUAACGGCACCAUCAAACCAGCUGGAAGUACUUCUCGGCAGGCAGUGCAGCUACGUUUCUGCUAUUAUGCGAAAAUGGAAAGCGGUUUGUACCUACCAAAUGUUUUUGAAAAUAAGCAAUGAUCAAAGAUAACGGAGUGCGUUCGACCGAUCUCCAUCUCAGCUCUCUCUCCUUUUCGACUCCUUGUAGCAAGUUGGCAUCAUUGAUGUCAUUCGCCCCCGCAAAAUCUACGGGAAUGACAGAUUCAUUAAAUCAACGACCGUUGUCCCGUACAGUCUUACUCCAAUCUAUUGCAGGAGUUCGUUUUGUUAUAUUACAUUCAAACCUCAAUUAAGCGGCCAACAUCGGGGUAGAGACAUGACUUGCAUUAAAAGCUGUAUCGCAAUACAUGCUGCAUGGUGUCAAUUUUAUUAAUAAUUUAAACACCUUUACAAAUAGAAAAGUUCACUGCACUUCCUUUCUGUCCCUUAUCCGUUUGCAGCUAAAUUCUUGAAGUUUGUGUUUGUUGAGACUCUUGUGAAGGCGAGUACCGCUGAAAAAGAAUGUCAAAGUAAAGGAGGUCAUCUAGCUAGCAUUCACAGUCAGGAAGAAAAUCAAAAAAUCAGACAGAUGGUGGGAUCAGGAUCAAUGGCCUGGAUUGGCUUGAAGAGGAGAACCGUGCAAAACAGACCGUGGAUCUGGACUGAUGGCACUGAGCUAGACUUCGGGGAGUGGAAGCCCGACGUUACUGACGAUGAAAAUUUUGUUUCCAUUAGUGGAGACGAUGGCUCAUGGGAGGCAAAGACUAAAGAUCCUAAGCUUCCUUUCGUAUGCAAAGUGAUUAACUCUUGUCCAGAUGAGAAUGAGUGA